AUGGGAGCGCAGUGCAGGCAAGAUGGCGACGAGGUAGACCAUGAGGUCAGGACUCCGUCCUUGGGCGGCAUUUGGUGGAAGUUGUCCGUGAGCCGGGUGGGGCGUGCCAGCAAGGCUUUUGGGAGAGGGGCAGAAGCGGGUGGCAUCUUUGAAGGGGGUGGGGGGGGGGGGAGCGGUCGAGGGGACGUUGGGCGUGCCCUGAAGUUGUCUCUGUUACGAUCUUGCUGUGAGCGCUCGUUGGAGGAAAAUGUCUCUGGUGGCAGGUACGCGACUACUAGUGACUUCUCUGUAACCGCUCAUGGAUGCCCGGCGACGGGCUCUAAGACACCCGUGGGGUCUGAAGGUGGCAGGGUCUCCGUGUCACUGCCCAGGGCUCUCCGGAACCCUGGGAUGAGGACUGCGGGCAACAGCCUGCUGGGCCUGGCCGGCCUCCUGCUGGCCGUAUUGGCUCCCGGAGCGGCGUGUGCCAAUAUCCUGGUGGUGCCAGUGGACGGCAGUCACUGGAUCAACAUGCGGAUCCUGAUGCAGGAGCUCCACGCUCGCGGGCACUCCCUCAGCGUGCUGCACUCCUACUCCAGCUGGUACAUCCAGGAAGAUGCUACCCUGUACCGCUCCAUCAUUGUGCCCACCGCAGAGAAGCUGGGCAUCGUGGAGGACAGGGAGAUGCUCUCCAACCUGGUGCUGCAGACCUUGGAAGUCUUCCGGGACGGCUACUCCCUCCGGGCCUUCCUGCACAAUAACCGCAACCUCCACCGCAUUCUCACCAAGACUCACGAGGCCGUACAGAGCUUCAUCACCCUGCUGUUCGAGGACCAGCAGCUGAUGGCCCAAAUAAAGGAGGGUGGGUUCCAGCUGGUUCUGGCAGACUCACUGAUCCCCACUGGUGCCAUUCUCGCCUGGCACCUGGGCCUCCCUCUGGUCUACAAUGCCCGCUGGAUCACCAGCGGCGACUGCCACCAGCUGCUGGCCCCCUCGCCCACCUCCUACGUGCCGGUGGUGGGAAGUCGUCUGACUGACAGCAUGACCUUCAGCCAGCGCCUGCUCAACACCGUCCUGUACUUCGUGAGCACCACCUUCUUGGGCAUCAUGGUGGAGAGUGGCUAUGAGGAGAUCUGCCAGCGGUACCUGGGGCCGGGCACCAGCCUACGGCAGGUGACGCUGGCCGCCGAAGUGUGGCUGAUGCGGGUGGACUUCGUGCUGGAGUUCCCGCGGCCCAGUGUCCCCAACAUGGUCUACGUGGGCGGCUUCCAGUGCCAGCCAGCCCAGCCCCUCCCUGCCAAGCUGGAGGAGUUCGUGCAGGGUGCUGGUGAGCCCGGCGUGGUGCUGGUCUCGCUGGGGACUCUGGUGACCCAUCUCCCCGACUGGCUCUCUGAGACCAUGGCGACAGCCUUCAGCCGGCUGCCCCAGCGGGUAAUCUGGCGCCACCAGGGUGCCCGGCCCCGCGGGCUGGGCAAUAACACCCUUGUUGUUGACUGGCUGCCCCAGAACGACCUGCUGGGCCACCCCAAGGUCGUGGCCUUCGUCACCCACGGGGGCACUAAUGGCCUGUACGAGGCCAUCUACCACGGGGUGCCGGUGGUGGGGCUGCCCCUCAUCUUCGACCAGUUCGACAACAUGGCCCGCCUGAAGGCCCGGGGGGCCGCGCGGGUGCUGGACGUCCCCAACCUGCAGGCCGACGAGCUGGAGGCCGCUGUGCGGGACGUGGUGGCGGGCCCGGGCCUCUCGUACCGCCGCCACAUGCGUCGCCUCUCCGCCCUGCACCGCGACCAGCUGCAGUCGCCGCUGCAGCGUGCCACCUACUGGGUGGAGUUCGUGCUGCGGCACGGCGGCGCCCCCCACCUGCGGCACGCCGGCCUCGACCUGCCCUGGCAUGUCUACCACGGGCUGGACGUGGUGGCCUUCCUGGGCGCGCUGGCCGCUGGCGGGCUCUUCUUGUCCGUCCUGCUGAUCAAACGGCUCUGCAGGGCCCUGAGAAGAGGCAAGUGGAAACGGGACUGA